GAUUCUCAUUCAUGACACGUGAUCUACAGUGAUUACAUUUCACCCAACUUGGAUUUUUAAAAGUGCGUCGCUUGCCUAACCGAUGAAGAUCCAGCAUGGCGCUCCACCCUCUAUGGAUUGUGUUGAUGUCCUCCCUCGUCAGUGUGGCGAGCGAAGAUUUCAUUGGCUAUAAAGUGUCGUCAUCAACCCCAUCAGACGGUGGAUACACGUCAAUCGUCCUGGAAGGGCUGCCCCUGGCCAUUGAUGUCGUCACAGGGUUCUACGUCACCAUGGCUACUGCCAACUGCCCAAUCAAAUUACAGAUAUGGAGGAGAUUGUCGUAUCUCAAGUAUAAUCUCCUUUUUGAGAAAGAACUCAGUUCAUCUUCUGUGGGACCUAACUAUAUCCCUCUGGAAGAAUCGGAACAAUUCAACAUCUUCAAUGGUGACAGGCUGGGGUUUUCGUCUCUCAGUUCCGCCCAUUCCUGUGUGGUCUAUACCUUGGUCACUAACCCGGGAGAUGAGACCCCGACCCUCCGUUACAGCUACAGUGACGGCAUUCCACCGGUACAGGGCAACACCUACACGUUCGACAAGUACAAAAAGACAUACCGAUACGGCAUAGGCAUCAUGGUGAAAUAUGGCAACCAGCAUCGGAAGUUCUUCAUGGCGGGCACAGAAAGAGUGAUCGGUCACCACGUGAACACAGAUAAACUGGCAUCAGCAGGGAAGAUCACUAUCAUCCUGGAGGGUCUCAUGCUUACCGGGGGCAUGGUCAGCGGAUAUUACGUCAGGCUGGCCAAAGCGAACUGUCCAAUCAAACUACAGAUAUGGCGGCCUACUUCCGGUCGGUCCUACGAUCUGCUUGGAGAGACGAACUUCAUGUCAAAUACUACCGGCUAUUUCCAUGUUCCCUCAUCUAACCCCAUCCCAGUGACUUCGGCUGACAAGGUGGGGUUCUCCACCCUGGACGACAGCAGCACGUGUGUGCCCUACAUGUUUGUGUCCGACGAGAGACGGUCCCAGACAGUCUUCCACGACUUCUUCUCCUCCAGCCCCCCUGCCGUCAACUCCACCCAAAUCUUCAGCGCCCUCCAGACUACGUACCUCUUUGCUGUGGAGGUAGCCAUUGUUGAGUCCUUCCUCGUGCCACCGGGAUCGAGAGGGGCGACCGGGGCGACCGGUACCCAGGGCAUCCAGGGGCUGCCAGGACCCACGGGAGAAGGCGGGGACAAAGGAGACCAGGGCCGAACUGGGGAGCCGGGGCCGCAGGGCGACCGUGGGCCAGAUGGCGCAGUGGGUCCACAGGGCUCAGUUGGAAGCAGGGGUCAGUUAGGUCCCGUGGGAAAGAUUGGCCCACAGGGAGAAGCUGGAGCUUCGGGUCAAGUCGGAACAGUUGGUCAACCUGGGGACAAGGGUCCAAUUGGCGAAACCGGAAGUGAGGGGCCACUUGGAGAGAUGGGUGGCAAGGGUAGUCGAGGACCCCAAGGGGUACAGGGUGUGACUGGUGACUCCCCAAAGGGUCGUGAUGGGGACCAGGGACCACGAGGACCAGAAGGUGAAAUAGGGCCACAAGGAAAACCAGGAGGGAUUGGUCUCCAGGGAGAUGGCGGACCUACUGGCAUGACAGGCGCUGAUGGGGCGCGGGGAGCUCGAGGUCACAUGUGGACGCCUGCCGAUCUAUGUAAGCAGAUGAACGUGACGUGUGAGCAGGGUUGUACGAGCAACGGCCUGGCGGCAACCUGUACGUGCAGACCCGGAUAUCGGUUGAAGGAUGGCUACACGUGUCUUGACAUAGACGAGUGCUUCUUCAGGAACGGGAUGUGUCAGCACGACUGUAUCAACACAGUUGGCAGCUUCCGGUGUGACUGUCCUCUCGGCCUUGUCUUGUCCAAGGAUCUCUACAGGUGUAACGACGUGGACGAGUGCAAACAGAGCGGGAGCCGAUGUGGGGCGGGGCAGACGUGCAUCAACACGUGGGGCGACUACUACUGUGCCGGACCCUGGGAGGAGGGGUCGAUCGUCGCGCGUCUCAUGAGUUCAAUGUCCACCGUUCCCUUGGUAACACGUCACGUGAUGAUUGGUCUCAUUCUGUGGUUGGUUCUUCUCACUCUACUCACCAUCAUGGCCAUCAUACUCUUCGUUCCGGAACUUACCGGAACAAGCCGAAAACAUCCGAAAGAACCUGUCGUUCCAAGAGGUCAUCGACCGGAAUUUUAUUACCCAGCAUUCUUUCCUAGGAUUAGCUUGGACCGGCGACCGAGUGUCGACAAGCUGGACGUGAUGGACGCUGCCACGCCCCGGAGGAUGAGCGUGGAUGAGGCUAAUGCUGGACAGGAGGAAAUGUAUUCCCAUGUUCAGAGGGGCGUGGCAACCGGAGGGACAGAAAGGAAGAGAUCGAAUUUGUAAACGUCCGUAUACUUGUUGUAUACGACGGGUAUGAAUGCUGUAAAUAAACUGUAAAUGGC